AUGUCACUUUCGAGAACACCUCCUAACGAAGCUGCUGCUUCAGCUUCUAUAUUACCUGUAAACAUGGAAUCUGCGCCUAUCAUUGUUUCAGAGUCUGAGCCCAUUUGUCAGAUUUGUAAUAAUUUGAUGACAGAAAAUGACGAUUGUUUAAAUAUCACAAAUUGUAAUCAUUCGUUUCACCGUUCGUGUAUUGAAUAUUAUUUAUCCAAUAACACCGAAUGCCCCAUUUGCAAACGUCCAUGCGAACUAGUAGAUCUGAAGAAAAUUAAUCCUUUAAAUAAACAAAAUCCCUCUGUAAAACAGAUUCCAGGAAAGCGAGGAAGAGGAGCAAUGGCUAAACGCUACAACACUCGUAGCCACGUUAGAAAUCUGUUUCAAGAAAGUCAACGUUCUUUACAUGAAUUCAGUAAUGUAGCUAAUGACUCCGAAGAAGUUUUUACUCCAGGGCAUGUUAAUCGUCCAAGUCAAGAAAAUUCACCAAACGUUGAUAACCCUUCAAAUUCUAGACCUUCUAGAAACGCAAGGGCUACUGUAGAUUAUGAGCAAUUAAAUAAAAUGAUUGAAAACAAUCUCACUCGUUUACUAACUAAUUUAAACCUAAUUCCUAAUGCUAAUAGCCAGCCGCGCACAAAUCGUACUGAAAAUAUUUAUUUUGAGAAUAGGAAUGUAGUAACAUCUGCGCAAAAUUAG